UGUCCAUGCCGCCGAUGCCUCUCUGAGAGGUAUCUUGCAAAGGAGAGCACCCGGGCGAGCUCCACGCGCAUGGAGUUGAGCUCAGACCGUGCGGUGGCAGCGCUGGAGAUGUCGCAGACCAAGAGCAAGGACGACGAGGCUUUCGGCAGCGACGGGGACUACGAGAGCUUGCCACCUCAUGUCUCAGUGACGACCCACAUGACAGCCGGAGCCGUGGCUGGCAUACUGGAGCACACGGUGAUGUACCCCGUGGACUCCGUCAAGACAAGAAUGCAGAGUCUGCAGCCGGAUCCGAAUGCACAGUACCGGAGUGUGUAUGAGGCGCUGAAGAGAAUCAUCCGGACAGAGGGGAUCUUCCGACCGCUGAGGGGCCUCAACAUCACCAUGAUCGGAGCGGGGCCGGCCCACGCCCUCUACUUCGCCUGCUACGAGCGGGUGAAGCGGUCGCUGAGCGACGUCAUUCAGAGCGGAGGCAACAGCCAUUUAGCCAACGGUGUGGCUGGCAGUGUGGCCACGGUUCUCCACGAUGCAGUCAUGAAUCCAGCCGAAGUCGUGAAGCAGAGGAUGCAGAUGUACAACUCUCCGUAUCGAGGGCUCUGGGACUGCGUUCGAACGGUGACGCACACCGAGGGCGUCGGCGCCUUCUACCGCAGCUACAGCACGCAGCUGACCAUGAACAUCCCCUUCCAGGCCGUUCACUUCAUCACCUACGAACUGAUGCAGGAGCAGCUCAACCCGCACAGACACUACCACCCCGGCAGCCACAUCGUGUCGGGGGCGGCGGCCGGCGCCAUCUCGGCCGCCGUCACCACCCCGCUGGACGUCUGCAAGACGCUGCUCAACACGCAGGAGAACGUCGCCCUCAACUCCAUGAACAUCAGCGGCCACCUGACGGGCAUGGCCAACGCCUUCAGGACGGUGUACCGGCUGGGCGGCCCGGCGGCGUUCUUCAAGGGGGUGCAGGCUCGGGUGAUCUACCAGAUGCCCUCCACCGCCAUCGCCUGGUCGGUGUACGAGUUCUUCAAGUACUUUCUGACAAAGCAGCAGCUGGAGGAAGAGGCCGGACCUCGCCCGCUGUAAUGGACCGGCGUGUAUCUACACUUCAUGGAAGAAUGUGUCAAGACAAGGGCGUGCGAGCUCGCCAGGGUUUUUUUCCGCGCCCAGUUCAAGGAAGCGGCCUCAUUUUUUUGUCUCACAAGGAAAUCGCGGCGACGAAGGCGUGGCGGAGAAGAACACUCCUUUUUAACUCACCUGCGACUUGAUUUUGCACAACCAGAAUAUGCAAGAGAGGCGACUAUUUUUAAAAGAACGAGUCCUUCUGAUAGGUUUACCGUUUUCCUCCUCCACACAUUUCUAAUCUCGCCGUCUCGUCUACGUGUGGUGAACACAUGAUUAAGUUAUCUCAGAAAAUGUUUGUACUUCUUAAUAUCGGAACUCCUUAUUUAUUUUGCUAGUUUUUUUUUUUUCUAAGCUAGUAUUUUAUGGAUGCAGAAGAAUGUCAGUGCUGUUUGUUUUAUUUCCUGGCGUGUUUAUAAAGAACCAUCUCAACACAUUCCUUAAUUCUCGGCAAACGAGACGGAUGAGCUGAAGUUGUUCACAUUGCUUCACAUCUUUUUUUUUUUAUUCAUGCUCAACAUAUAAAAUCCUUUUUUUUUUUUUUUUUUUUUCCUUUUUUGGUCUAAACAUAAAAUAUCUACUUUUUAAUCAACAAAUUUUACUCCUCGAUGUGUCACAUGUGCCGACUUUGCAUUUUAAAGUUCCUCAAUUGUUAUUUACACCAAAGUGUCAUUCUGCAUUAACCCUUCAGUCUUGUUGAUCUAGAACUCUUUCCAGACAUUACAUCCUACGUGGAAUCUCCCCCUCUGAGACGUCCCCGGGGUCUCUCAGUGCCCGUCUGUGUAGGCCGUAGCGGUCCAACUUUAUUCGCUUUUUGUAAAGAGCAGAAACACACCAAGCCUUCUGAAUCACGCACAACAAUAGUCUUAAUUUAAAGAAGGCGAGCUGUUGCAGAGUAAAGGCAGCUUGUUGGUGUGUUCAGAACAUGUUUAUGUAUAUUUUAACUCAUUUCCCAGGAAGCCUCGUGAAGGCUGUGCAGUGAGGCCGUUAACUGAGGCGUCGCUCUUGACUUAAUGUCUUGUUCUGAGUGGUUGUUCGAGUCAUGCGGACCUUUGAAAUAAAGUAUGCAGCUUUUUCGUAUAAAUAUAUAGUCUGUGUUUGGGUAAAACUCGCGUCGUCAACCUCUUAGCUUUGCUCCAUGGAUGUUGGGGACACGAGGCCAGUAAAAGCUGGAUCUGGCAGCCGGUCCGCCACUCUCCUUCUCCCUCCACUCAUCCUGUUGUAGUUACACGUUUCCUGUGUGCUCGCUGCUUUCUCCAGCCUAUUGUCUAUUUUUGAUACUCUUGUGCAGAAAUUUAGCCAGAUAUUGACGCAAUCCAGAAAACCGGCAGGUUUAUUUGUUUUUAAUUAUGAAGAAGCUGCUUGUCCCUCCUUCUCCUUGAGAAGUUUGCCAGCGGAGGAAUGAUCUCGGUGACUCUUCACUGGCUUAUUUGUCAUGCUUGUACAUUCUGGGUAAAUUAUUACUAAACCAAAGAGAUGCAUUAUGGUUUGUUUUUUUUUUUUCAUACUGCUUGUAUUUUAUUUUAUUUUGACGCUCUUUGCCUGCCCUCCUUGAAUUCAGCACUCCUCUUUUUUUCUGCUGACUCUGCGUUAUUGCUAAGCGCUGCUCCAUGAGGCUCGUGAGGUUUCCCGUUUUCUGUUGUUUCUGUUUCCAAAGCUUAUUAGCAUUCCUGGUAAGAGCCUUUAAAAGUGGAAUCAUAGAAUUCUGUGAAUGACCUGGAACGUUUUCAGUCUGACUGCAAAAUCACCCCGCGACCCGAAUUUUAUUGUUGACAAUUUAAACUGAUUAUUCUCAAUAGAGUUGCACAAACAAAACAUUCCUCACGUGAACGAAUCACACUUUUUUUGUUUUUUGCCAGCUACUAUUUAAAAACGGCUUUAUUCGUGUGACUUCAUCCAGCUUUUUGAUGCUCGUUGGUUACGCUGAACUGUGUUUAGCCACUAAAGACAUGUUUCAUACUAAAAUCUCCUUGUUUCAAAUCAAAAACACAUCAUCAUUUUCCUCUUUGACCUCUUUGAGCCUUGUUGAAUUUAAUCUUUUGAGAAAACCAUUUAAAUUCUUGUUCACACUCCACAAAGUCCAAAAGCAGCCUGUCGAGUCGGAUAGUUCUUGUGUGUAAUUUGCGGUCAGCACUGUUUCUUCCCUCAUCAAUACUCUGAAAUAUCGAUUAAUAUUGUGAAUCAGAACAGUCGCGUUCUUAAUUACAUGCUUAGGUUUUAAAAUGCAAAAAGAGAGCUAUUUUCAUGUGGUAUUUUCCGUAAUGUAAAUAUUUGUAUGCUGAUUACGCACAAAUGAGAGGAAAGGGGGAGUGGGGGUGAAUUUUGCGGAGUGCCAUCACGAGGGCAGAAGAGCUCGGACCAUGCAAAUAUUAAACGACUGCGAUAACGCCGCAACAGUUUGUAACACUGGAGCUGAAAUAAACAUGUAAGUGAAAAA